AUGCAAGACAGCAAGCUAAGCUAAGAAUUGUUAUUUAUAUAGGAUUUUUCUACUUUCUCACAGUCACCUAUUCCUCCUAAUGAAGAGUCUUCACCUUCCCAUAAAAUGACCAACAAUAAGCUCAAAGUGAAUGAGCUAGUUUUAUUCAAUAAAGAAUAAUUACAUGAUGCGAUAAAGAAAGUUUCUGAAAAAGAUUAGAUUAGAAAUAGCUUUGCUCAAAAUGAACUGAAAGACCUACUUAAAAAGCUCACGAAGGAUUAAAACAUGAAAGAGAUGAUUCAAAAGAGAAAUUUAAUUAGUGUACAAGAAAUGCAGACUUAAACUUCACUAGGGCCACUCUCUCCAAAGAGCUAGAAAUCAACUAAAGAAAGUUUGAACGGUAUUAAGAAGAACAGAGUAAAUUUUAACGCAACUAGUGGAAUGCUUUAGAGAAAUAGUCUCAAAGAGGCUUUCAACAACACAAAUCUCUAGAAAAGCUAGAAAGAGCUUACUAUAAAUGGCAUAGAUGUCAUGAUGGUUGAUAAGAUUGUUCCUAAAAAGCAGGGAAUAAAAGUUCUGAUUGAAGUUCAUAUGAAUACCCAAGAUGUCAAAUAAUCCACACUUUCUAGUUUUAUGAGUGAUGGUAAUAAUGCUACUAUGAAUAGCUUUCAGCAACUGCCAUAAAUCUAUAAUCAGCAUAAAAGAAAUUCAAGCAUCAAAUCAGUGCUGAUAAAGGAUAGCAGUCUCUAACAUUAAAGCUUACAAUCACAAAAUAAAACACCAACUAAUGGAUAGAUAUAAACAACAAAGAGUAUUUUUAGUACGUUUUCACCCUUGAAUCAGAACUUUAAGUCAACUAAUGAUAAAAGUAGGCUGAUUAAAGCGGGGCUGAGUAAAGAUGAUGUUUAAUUUAGCAAGAACUUUACUCUUUAGAAAAACACUGUUUGUAAUUUAAUCAACAAUACUUUAAUUCGAUUGAAAAAAUAGUACAAUCAAGACAAUAAAAAAAUAUAGGUGGAUAAUUUCAAAGAAGAAACUAAGAACAGAUCAAACUACUUGAAAAAGAUAUAUGACUAGAAGUAUUUAUAGAAACCUAUGAGAGUUUUUAGUAAUUAAGACAGGGCUUAAUUGGAUCUAUCUAAAAUAGAUGAGUCUUCAACAGAUUAAGAUUAUGACAAACUCUAGUUCAAUGAGGACUACUAUCGAUAAGCUCGUGGAAAUCCCUUAUAAAACAAAUAUCUGAAAAAGAACUAUUUAUACAUUUAAAAUGCUGAUAGCAGUGUUCAAGUUUCCUAGCAAAGCAUCUUAAAACCAUUUGAUGUGUCCUCUAAAAACAGUAGUCCUGGUCUAGCAAUUAGAAGAAAUAAUGAGAAUAGAACUAUGCUGAGAGUAAAAAUGAGCAAUUCAGUCUCUAAUUCAUCAUUUUAAAACAGUAUGCUUAUGAAUGAAGACUUGAAACCUGUAGAGAGCAGAAGUAAAAAUCAUAGAUAGUCAAGCAACAUUUUUAGUCACAACCAUUAAUACUCGGCUAGUCAAAUUGAAAAUCAGUAAUCAAUGAUAAACAUUCAAACACCCAAAGUAAUUUUUAACUAAAACAAAUUGAGGAUUGAUACUAAUGAUAAGAAUCAGAAGUUAAAAAGUGGUGGUAGCUUGAUCAGAUCUCCUAUGAUCAGAAUUAAUGACCAAGACAUAGAAGCAUGCAAUGAGAGCUUUUUACCAGUGAUUACCUUUGUAGAGCAGUCAAAGGUAAAUAAGAGAACAAGAAAUACAGCUGAUGAUUACAAAAGGGAAAUGCAAAGUCUAAAAAAUUUCCAACCACCUAAUCAUUAACUUAGCUAAUUAGAAAAGAAAGUAAGAGAGAAAUGUCUUAGUUAGCACAAUUAAAAAUUAAAUGAAAUAUUUAGGCAGAAAUACAGAACUUAGGACAACUCAGAGACUCGUUUGAGCAUUAAGGUUAAUAAGCAGUCCUCAGCUGUUUUUAAAAUUAAUACAAUUUAAUCUUGA